AUGAUAAGCUUCUGGCGACAUCUUCACCACUGGGAUUUUGGAGCUUCCAAUGCCAACAACGACACAAUGUAUGAUGAAGAGAAUCUUGGUCGGAAUUCUGGAUUAUUGCAAUACCCGCGACGGAGUUUCCGACUGGUACGAAGGCCGAAAAGGGCUACGGUGCUUAUCCUUGUGAUAGACCUGAUGGUCGUCUGGCUGCUACUCCAGAUCUUCCAGCCUCUUAUCAUUCUGCUACGGAGAAAUGAAGAGCUGUUCGGGUCUCGAGUAGCCCUGCACACCAACUAUACGCCAGAUGAUCGGCAUCAAACGAACUCAUCGUGGGAGAUACCGCAAAUCCUACACCAAACCACCGCCAACGAAACGAUACCAGACAAGUGGAUUGAGUCGCAGAAGAGCUGCAAAGAAGCAUAUUCAGAUUUUGAGUACAAGCUAUGGACCGAUGAGUUGGCUCGACAAUUCUUUUCCGUUGAAUACCCCUGGUUCGUGGAUAUCUGGGAUGCCUACGCCUUCCCAAUCCAGCGUGCAGAUGCUAUACGCUAUUUUGUUCUGUAUCAUUUUGGUGGUGUCUACCUCGACAUGGACACCUGGUGCAACCGGAGCUUUCCCAUUCACCAAAUUGAAGCCGACACAUCGAAGUACGCCUUGUUCAAGUCAACAGCGCCGACAGGUGUGACCAACGACUUCAUGAUCACCUCUGCCCGGCAUCCAAUCUAUGCCGCGGCAAUUGCCAAACUACCUAUCUUUCAUGCGAUAACUCGCUUAUGGGCUCGAUGGGAGCCCCACUGCGCCAUUAUGAUAUCCGCCGGGCCCAUGUUUCUCACUCUCGUGAUAAAGAAUUACUUGCUUGAGCAGCCUUCGCUACCCUCGCCGACUGUGGGGGUCAUCAAUGCAACGGAGUUAGCGCCGUUCACCACCGAUCUAGAGAGCAGCACUUGGCAUCGAUCAGACACACGUGUGUUCAUGUGGAUUGGACAUAGGCCAUGGACUUGGUUCUUCAUGGGAGCGAUUGGAUUGGCUGUUGGCUUGUAUGUCUUCCACCGUGUAUUGACGAUUAUUCUUGGUCGUGUGCUUCGUAAGGUCGAGUCCGGCCCCUGCAACCCAAAGCUGGCCAAGGCAUCAUGA